CAUUGAAACUCGAAUGAAAAUUCAAAGAGAUUUUUCAUAAACCUUUGAAAGAAUAAAGUAUAUCAAACUGGGAUACACGGAAUUCAAUUGAAUCACGCGAAAGCAUUUCUUCAAGUCCAUCUGGGAAAACAUUAAUUCAGUAUAAAAAAUGGCCCUGAAAUCGAUGGCUCUGGCUCUGAUGGUCACACAAUCCAUUAUGAUGGUAACAGCAGCAGCUCCAACUCCCUGGAUUAUUUCAAACAAUGAUAUGAAGCAAAAUCUUACAGCAUCACAAACGAUUGUUGAUUCAGAUGAUGCUGCUGCCAGUGUUUUCAAUGUAGAAGAAUUUGGCGCUGUUGGUGAUGGAAAGCAUAAUUCCACCGAGGCAUUUGUAAGAGCGUGGAAUGCAGCAUGUAAAGAGUCAUCAGCCAUUUUGUUAGUGCCAGUCGGCAAGAAAUUUCUUAUAAACAAUUUGUUUUUCGAGGAGCCAUGCGGACCUGGCUUCACUUUUAAGGUAGAUGGGAUCAUAGCUGCACUCCAAAAUCCAACAAGUGGGAAGAAUACUGAUAUAUUGUUGCAAUUUGCUGAACUUGAAAGUUUUACUUUGAUGGGCAUAGGUAUAAUCGAUGAGAAGGAUGUAAAAUGGCGGGCUGAGCAAUCUACUUCGGUUCUAGAACAAGUAAGAGCCAAACUUAGGGAAUUUAUUAAUAGAAAUGUUUGUAUAAUAUUUUUGAAAAAGCUGUCUUUGUUUUUUAAAAAGGGUAAAAGUUUUUCAAAUAUUAAGAGAAUUAUAAAGUAA